CCGCGUACCUCGGUGACUAUCCCCGAAGCCACCCAGUGGUUCAGCAGUAGCCCAGCUGCACUCGGCGCGGACGCCGGGUCCCACGGGUUCGCGGCAGCCAUGGCUCCCGCACACCUCCGGAGCUGGCGCGAGGAGUGAGAGGCACACAACGAACGGUCGCGCGGCUUGAUGAUGUCACAGGGCGUUCCCGCCCGGGCGGAAGCCCUGGGAGCGCGUCUCAGGCGAGCGCGGGUCCCGGGUGUUCCCUGGCGGAGCCUUCUCUGCACUGAGCCGUAGGAGGGAACUGAGCCGCGGCGCUAGGAUGGGAAACAGUGCCCUCCGCGCUCAUGUGGAAACAGCGCAGAAAACUGGUGUCUUUCAGCUUAAAGACCGUGGUCUGACCGAGUUCCCCUCAGAGUUGCAGAAGCUGACAAGCAACCUUAGGACCAUCGAUUUGUCCAACAACAAGAUCGACAGCCUACCGCCCCUGCUAAUAGGAAAGUUCACACUGCUGAAGAGCCUCUCCCUCAACAACAACAAACUGACUGUUCUACCCGAUGAAUUAUGUAAUCUGAAAAAACUAGAGACUCUAAGUCUAAACAACAAUCACCUGAGAGAGCUACCGUCUACCUUUGGGCAGCUUUCUGCCCUGAAGACCCUGAGCCUCUCUGGGAACCAGCUGGGAGCACUACCACCUCAACUUUGUAGCCUGCGACAUCUGGAUGUAGUAGAUCUCUCUAAAAACCAGAUUCGGAGUAUACCUGACACAGUGGGGGAGCUGCAGGCCUUCGAACUCAACCUCAACCAAAACCAGAUAUCUCAGAUCUCAGUGAAGAUCUCCUGCUGUCCUCGCCUCAAGGUGCUCCGCCUGGAGGAGAACUGCCUCGAGCUCAGCAUGCUGCCACAGAGCAUCCUCAGCGACUCCCAGAUUUGCCUGCUCGCUGUGGAAGGCAAUCUCUUUGAAAUAAAGAAACUUCGAGAACUAGAGGGUUAUGAUAAGUACAUGGAGAGGUUCACAGCCACCAAGAAGAAAUUUGCAUGAUGUUCUCCAGGACAAUGGGAACCUUAAGGACACUGACUUGGAACCUCUGUUGGAAUUUGGCCGAGUUAAAGGCUCCGGAUGUUGGAGACACUCCAGAUUACAUUUCAUUUAAUGACUUUUUUCCUUUUAAGGACUAUCUCAGAUAAGCUAAAGGAAAAAGACUUAGGAGACAGGAAGAGCCCUUCAUUUUGAGCCAAUGGAUAGGGCGAUGGCCAAUGUUGAUCUUCAAAACCAUCAUUAGUUGGGCUCUAAGAACCAGUAGGUAGUUGCUAUUCAUGCAGUGAGGAACUGCCGCCUGGUAACAGAAUGACUCCACACCACAGCUAGAGGUUUUGUUGAGUUACAUCGUGCCAGCUUUCAUAAAGUCGGUUACCACA